AAAAUAAUUAUUGAUUUUCUACCACUUAUUAGGACAGCAUCUAAGUUGGCCAGGCAGUUAUUAAUGCACCAAGUGAUAUACUCGCUAGUAUUCUCCGAUGGAUAUACAAUGGAAACUGACAUGUUUUGAUGCUAAUGUUUAUCAUGCCUCGUCAUAGUGGUUUCUCUCUACGAAUUCACGUACAAUUGUCUGUUGCAUUAUAUUUUAUACCUUGAAUUAAUUGUAAUGGAUGUAGCUCAACAAAUCACAUACAGCUCGGAAUUAUCUCAAGUCCCUAACCGAGCAGGAUCUAUUGCGUCUGCAGGAUAUAAUGAAGAAAUAUCAGAGGAAGAGAAAGCGUUAGAUGCAGAAAUCUUAAAUCUCAAAGCUUCUAUCACCAAUGCACAGAAAGCUGUCGCAGAUACUGAUUUCUACAAAAUGACUGAAAACGUACCCGAACUAGGCAGGAUCAAGUUCAAGGUGCGGAAGCAUUUAAGAGGUCAUUUGGCCAAAGUAACAUCUUUGCAAUGGGGUUCAGACAACCAGUUAUUACUCUCUGCUUCUCAAGAUGGGAAACUGAUUGUGUGGGAUACAUUUUCUGGAAAGAAGAUUCAUAUGAUUGCCUUGAAAACAGCUUGGGUUAUUGGAUCUGCAUUCUCUCCUUCUAUGAACUUCGUCGCUAGUGGUGGGUUAGACAAUGUCAUAUCGUAUUUCAGUUUGAAGUCUCAAGACGGCACUGCAGAGUUCCUUCGUGAGUUAACGGGUCAUAAUGGCUAUAUUGCAUGUGUUCGCUUUGUAGACGACCAUCGAUUACUGAGUUGUUCUGGUGACAAAACUUGUGCCCUAUGGGAUAUCGAAAAGUCGAAAAUUCUCCUGAGUUUCCGGGGCCAUGCUAAUGAUGUUAAUGCCAUUGCAGUUUCGAAGCAAAUGCCCAAUAUGUUUGUCUCCGCAUCUUCAGAUCGCACUUGUCGAUUAUGGGAUCUUCGUUGCUCAGAGGGUAUGCAAUACUUUGAGGGUCACCAGCAAGAUGUCAAUGGAGUCGAUUUUUUCCCUAUCAAUUCUUAUGCUUUUGCUUCAUCUUCGGAUGAUGGUUCAUGUCAUUUGUGGGAUUUACGAGCUGAUCAGGCUAUUGGCGUGUAUAUCGAUGAUUUUAUAAAUUGUGGCAGCAGUAGUGUUGCUAUUUCAAAGUCAGGACGUUUGCUGCUUGCCGGUUAUGACGAUUUUAAUUGCCAUGUGUGGGAUCUUUUGAGAGAAGAGCGCGUUGGAAUUAUGUCUGCACACGAAAAUCGAGUCUCAUGCGUAAUAGUAUCUGACAGUGGUAUAGGUGUUGCCACAGGUUCCUGGGAUUCCAACUGUCUUAUAUGGACUGCAAAAUAGGUAUGUAUCCAUUAAAUUCUGGAAGUGAUCACUCAGUUGUUAAAGUUGUAUCUUUUUUACUUCUAAUGAUCUCUGAAAACUAACCUUUCGUGGUAUGUGGAAUAUGCCCCCUUUGGCAUUGAUUAUUUCAUUUUUAAUGAGUGUAAAGCAUUAACCUUAGUUUAUGUGAAUCUGGUUACUAUCUUACUAAAAAUAAAAUUCAUUAUUUGAUCCAAUCCAUUUCAAAUGGAAUGUGUCUUAAAUCUAUAGUUCUUAAAUAUUCCUGUUUGUUGCAACUUGUUUUGCCUUUCUUAGUCCAAAACAAUAAGUUCUAAUUUGUUUGUCCAGUUCUUAAGUCAUUGGUAAAGUAUGCGCCAUACAUUAAACUUCAGCUUUGAACGUGCUUUUUUAUUGAUCCACGGAAGGUGGAUUAUAUAUCAUGUUCCUUGUGGAAAAAGAUAAAUAUUUUGUUAUUCUCUGGUCUGUUGUUUUUGACUUUUGCAUGCCAGUUAUAUUCUAGUCCUAUUUGCGGAAUGGUUUCCUAUAACUGAAGCAUUAAUAGUCAGGAUACUUGAUGUUUUAGUUGUACAUUUAUCGUCGUUUGAGUCCGUGAUUGGUAAUAAGUUUUUCGGGUUGCGAUAGGACUGUAUUAUUUCUACUCUAGCUUCCAAGUCAUUCUCCAUCCUAACGGUAAUCCACUAAAAUUGUAAAUUGGAAGCAUUACAGAUUUGCACAUACGGUGUUUUUGUAACAGACUUUUGAAUUUCUACAGAUGCGUUUAACAGACGUAGUCGUCUGUACACGAGAAUGUAAUAUGAAAAGCAACAGCACGCAACAUUCAUAUUCAAAAAUAGUGGAUCGUCAUUAUCUAAAUUACGCACGUUUGAAUGUAUUUAACUGUGAUGCUUUUUGUAUUGUAUAGUCACUAGUUAUUUCUAUGCCUAUGUGCGAUAAUUCUUAAGAAGACAUACACUCUCUCCUUGAAAGUCGCUCCUGGUUUGUCAUGUUUUACAAAUGCAUAUCAGAAUAAAGGACUUCUAGUAGACUCUCGCUUUUAUGUAUUGGAAAGUACCUACUGAACUUAGUAAAUUGAUAGUGGUCAAAUACCAGUUACAUGUUGCUUAUAUGUCGAUGUAGACAGCUUUUUGAUUCUAAAGUAUGUUUAGUUUUGAUAUCUAUGUUUUUCACUUAUUAGUCAUAAGAUAUAACAAAUGGAAACAUUUAAUGUAAGUCCUCACUACACUCAAAUCUGGUUUAAAUGCGUCAGUAAUUGUUGUUAAUUUGAUGUUUUUGGGCUUUAUGUAAGUUCGCUUCGUAGAGAUGGUUUCUGCUGUAACAAACCGAAGAAAAUAUAUAACUUCAGAGGUUAAUAGUUUUGUAGUA